AUGACUUCUCAAGACAAGAGUGUCCAAAAGGAGGAGGAGACCUUUAAGCGACAGCUUGACAGGGCUGCGGACACCACCCGUGAGCUGGAGAACCAGAAGCCCAACCCUAUUGUCGAGAAGAUCACAGAAUAUGUCCCCGCCGCCGCCAAGAUCCUGCCCGCUCGCCAAAGCCUUCCCAAGGAGGAGAAUCACCCUCCAGGACCUCCCCAACGACCGCAUCACGAUGACAAGAUUGAGGACUUUGUGAGGGACCAGCACAGAAGCCAGGGUGUUGACGGCAUCUUGGGUGCUUCUCCUAACGACAAGUAG